AUGGGGGGCCCGCGGGACGACUGUCGUCGUGCCCUCAGCUCAGCCCCCAGAGUAGCGUCCAGCCGGUCCCGCGGGGAGCGAGGCUUUGUGGCGAUAACAAGCAUCUCUGUGCGCAAACCGAACUUCAACAGCCCAGACGCGGGUGGCCCCGUGAUCCCACAUUGCCCCGCAUUAGCAGAGGGAGAUGGCGUCCCUCCCACGGGACAGCCUCGUGACACGUCUCUUCCCUCCUCACCUCCCAGACAGCUGCAGCAUGACUUUCCCCGGGCCCUGAUUUUCAGCACGGAUGAUUAUUUCUUCAGAGAAGAUGGUGCCUAUGAGUUCAACCCUGACUUCCUGGAGGAAGCGCAUGAAUGGAACCAGGAAAGAGCAAGGAGAGCAAUGAGGACCGGCAUCUCGCCCGUGAUCAUUGAUAACACCAACCUGCACGCCUGGGAAAUGAAGCCCUAUGCCGUCAUGGCACUUGAAAAUAACUAUGAAGUUAUAUUCCGAGAACCUGAGACUCGCUGGAAAUUCAACGUGCAAGAGUUAGCAAGAAGAAACAUUCACGGGGUCCCACGAGAAAAAAUCCACCGGAUGAAGGAACGGUACGAACACGACGUCACCUUUCACAGCGUGCUGCGUGCAGAGAAGCCGGGCCGGAUGAACAGAAGCCAGGACCGGGCCAGCGCCUCGCCCCCCCAUCGCAGGGGCUGCUGGGCCCCCUGCGCGGAGCUCCCCGCCCGGAGGGCUCCCAGCGGCGUCACAGCCGGGGGCUCCUUCAGCCGGAGGGGGCGUUGUCACCAUGGGUAUUAGACACCGCCUCACAGGCACCCGUUUUCCUAAAUCUGUUUUUACUUCAAUUUUUGGUAUUCAUUCUCCGUUCAGUUUUAGUCCAAGCUCUGACCAUGCCAGUGUGAAUAGCCGGACCUGGGCGAUUGUGAGAAGUCACCGUGCCGUCCACAGCGGGCGUUUGGUCACUGACCCUGUGUGCAUGGUCUGACGCUGGGAGUUCUGCAGGUUUGGGUGAACAAAGUACUCUCUCCAGGGAAAGAAUUUGAAGCUAAAACUCGAGAACGUACCCGGGAAGUCAGUCUGUCACUCACCUAGGUUCAUACGUGAAGCAAAGCGUUCAUAGUGUACGUGAGCCUCAGUACCCCUUUCUCUGAAGUCAUCUGUUUUUUCAGGAAUUCACCUCCAUCAGGAAAGUUGGACAGGUGGGGAGGAGCAGUGAGAGGUAGGAAAAGUCUUAGUGCCAUUGCUACUUUUUUAAUCUGUGUAUCCAAAAAUGUGAGAUAUGUGGCUAUAAUGAUAUUGAUUUUCCUUUAAAAUGAAUAUACUAGGAAGUACACAUCAAAGGGAAUAUUGUCCUUCCAAGGAGACACUUGGAAAAUUAUUUUUAUUCUAGUGAUGUAUCAUUGUUAAAAAUGUCUGUCAAGUCCUUCUUAAUAGCUCACACAAGCUACUGAGGAAAAUCGGUGUCAUUAUUUAGUCACUCUUUGUAGUCUUGUGUUUUAACUGCCACUUUACUGACCAGGAUCGAACCUGAAUACUGUUUGGCUGUUGUGCUAAUAGUGUAAAUAAAACAAGCCUCUUUUAUAAAACAUCAGUUUUUAAGAGGAAUCAUUAAGCAGUUUUUAAAAUUUUGCUUCUAAAGGUAAUUAGUUGGCGGCCCCCAUGUCUGGGGUCCAGACCACAGAAGGGGUACGUGAAAGUCAUGCCCACUGUCACUUCAGCAGUCUUGGUGUCCGUGUGGCAUUAAGACAGGGAAGUUCUACAACUCUGCAAUGUCUCUCUUCUACCAAUACUGAAUUUAUGAAUCCAAAUUCUCGGCAGGUUGGAAUCAGAUUAAUCUGGUGUGCGACCUGAUAAGACCACAUAGGAUGUGUGCUUUAUUUCUUGUUGGCCAACAGCUUUUCUCUAAUGUUCUGUGAAAAUUAUUUUAAGUGUCUUAUAUGAUGGUGCUUUUAUCGUUAUUAAAAAUUAUAUAUGGUAUUGCUUUAUAUGGA